GAAAAAAACAUAUUGUCUACUUUAUCGUAAGUUUGUAGUUCAUAUGUGUGUACCUCAAAGAAAAUGUUACUGUCGGCUACUGACAGAAAGUGAAAAGAAACGCACCGUAGCGCGCAACUCUUUACUUCCGAAACACAACCGCGAUCGGACGUCUCAAUAAAAAUAAAGUUAAAUAAAAAAUAAAGAAAAAUGACAAAACGGUGAACAGACAAUGGGCCAAAUAAAAAAGUGAAAAUGUGUACACAAUACGUAAUACCCGAUUCGAUCGCGGGAAGAUUUCAAAAAAAGAACUUCAAAAUACGCAGAAGAGUUUGUGAUGUGAAUUAUAAAUUUGGAACGUUUUUAUUUUUUUUAUUGUCAACGGCUUUUAUAAGUUGCGUGCACUCUGAAAGUGACAAUGACGUCUUGACUUUAGAAGACUUGAACUUAAAAGAUGAUAUUGCAUCGGAUAGAAGACGACCAGCCAAUGAGCAGGAAAAAGAUAUUCUUCUUCUAGAUGCAUUAGGAAGAAGGAAAGGCUCUUAUCAUAACUCUUAUGGCGCUCCACAGGAAGAUUCUAUUAUGGAUUUAUUAGGCAAAAUGAUACCGCAAACAUGUCGAUACCGUGGCGCGAGGUAUCCAUGCGGGCUGAGCAUAUCGUGCGUUUUGGGCGGCGGUAAGCCACUGGACCUAUGCUCCGGUGGCAUGAUAUGGGCAUGCUGCGUCGACAGGGACACCACCGAGAAACCCGUCGAGACAGCACCUGUGGUACAUAACGCAAGUGAUCUGAUAGAAAUCAUUGGUACAUUUCCACACGACAACUUCGAUUACCAGACUGAUACUAACCAAUUCGAAGAUCCAAUAAUCAUCUACACGGAGCCUAACAGACCUAAGCCACACUACAACCGACCGAAACCAGUAACGGACCGGCCUGAACCGGAUUCAAGUGGACAGAACCGGCCGAAUCUAGAUUGGAAUAAACCAAAUUACGACCAAAAUCAUUACUAUCAUGUAAAGCCAUCGUACCAUGAAAGCACCACAUUACAUCCAACAUUGGACGACUUUUACACAUCUAAUCAUUUCAUGGGUGGUGCAAAUAACGCGGAUGGUGAUGAUGAUUAUGUGCCCGUACAUACGAGCGAUCAUAAACCGCAGAAACCAAGUUUUCCGGGUUGUGGCGAGCACUAUACCAGGUCCAACAGAAUCGUGGGCGGCCACUCGACUGGAUUCGGCUCGCACCCCUGGCAGGCCGCGCUGAUCAAGUCAGGCUUCCUCAGUAAAAAAUUAGCCUGCGGCGGUGCGCUUAUAUCAGACCGAUGGGUCGUCACUGCUGCUCACUGUGUCGCCACGACUCCCAACUCACAGUUACGUGUCCGGCUGGGAGAGUGGGACGUGAGAGACGCGGGCGAGAGGUACUCGCACGAGGAGUUUGCCGUGCAGCGCAAAGAGGUGCAUCCCUCAUACGAACCCGCCGACUUCAGGAAUGAUGUCGCGCUGGUACAAUUAGACAGAGGCGUCGUCUUCAAACAACAUAUACUGCCGGUUUGUCUACCCCAAAAACAGAUGAAGCUUGCGGGUAAGAUCGCCACCGUGGCGGGCUGGGGCAGGACCCGGCACGGACAGAGCACAGUACCUUCUGUAUUGCAGGAAGUAGACGUUGAAGUGAUACCGAACGAGCGAUGCCAGCGCUGGUUUCGCGCAGCGGGGAGACGGGAAACUAUACACGACGUCUUCCUAUGUGCCGGUUAUAAAGAGGGUGGUCGUGACUCCUGUCAAGGGGAUUCUGGGGGACCUUUAACAAUGAAGAUGGAAGGACGUAGCACCCUCAUCGGGCUGGUGUCGUGGGGCAUCGGAUGCGGCCGCGAGCAUCUCCCCGGAGUUUACACAAACAUACAGAAGUUCGUACCCUGGAUAGACAAACUCAUCAGUUAA